AUCUCGCCUUACAUCGUACGGUCACAUUGGGUAGCAAUUGUCCACGACGAUGGCGUCGGCGUCCGGCGAGGGAAUGUGGUGCUACACCAUAAUAAAUCCACCCGAAAUUGAACCGUACAACGAGAUGCAGCUGAAACAGGAUCUGGAGAAGGGCGAGGUGAACGUAAAAAUCGACACGCUGAAGAAAGUGAUCCAGCUUCUGCUGCAGGGCGAACGGUUGCCGAACCUGCUGAUGACCAUCAUCCGGUUCGUGCUGCCGCUGCAGAAUCACACCAUCAAGAAGCUGCUGCUGAUCUACUGGGAGAUCGUACCGAAAACGUCCGCCGACGGGAAGCUGCUGCAGGAGAUGAUUCUGGUGUGCGACGCGUACCGUAAGGAUUUGCAGCACCCGAACGAGUAUCUGCGCGGCUCGACGUUGCGCUUUCUGUGCAAGCUGAAGGAACCGGAGCUGCUCGAGCCGCUGAUGCCCGCGAUCCGCGGCUGCCUCGAGCAUCGCCACUCGUACGUGCGGCGCAAUGCGGUGCUGGCCAUUUUUACCAUCUACAAAAACUUCGAGUGGCUCGUACCGGACGGACCGGAGCUGAUUGCCAACUUUCUCGACAAACAGCAGGACAUGUCGUGCAAGCGGAACGCAUUCUUGAUGCUCCUGCACGCCGAUCAGGAGCGCGCCCUCAACUAUUUGGCCUCGUGCCUCGAUCAGGUCAACAGCUUCGGUGACAUUCUGCAGCUCGUGAUCGUCGAGCUGAUCUACAAGGUGUGCCACGCCAAUCCCGCCGAACGGUCGCGCUUCAUCCGGUGCAUCUACAAUCUGCUCAACUCGUCUUCGAAAGCCGUCCGGUACGAGGCGGCCGGAACGCUGGUGACGCUGUCGACGGCACCGACCGCCAUCAAGGCGGCCGUCAGUUGCUACAUCGAGCUGAUCGUGAAGGAGAGUGACAAUAACGUGAAGCUGAUCGUGCUCGAUCGUUUGAUCGCGCUGAAGGAGAACGAAAACAUCGAGCGCAUCAUGCAGGAGCUGGUGAUGGAUGUGCUGCGCGUGCUGAGUGCCACCGAUAUCGAGGUACGCCGCAAAACGCUUGCGCUGGCCAUGGACCUUGUUUCUUCGCGCAACAUCGAAGAGAUGGUGCUGGUGCUGAAGAAGGAAGUCUCGAAGACGCACAAUGUGGAGCACGAGGAUACGGGCAAGUACCGGCAGCUGCUCGUCCGCACGCUGCACAGCUGUUGCAUCAAGUUCCCGGACGUGGCGGCCACCGUCAUACCGGUGCUGGUCGAGUUUUUGUCCGACACGAACGAGUUGGCCGCGGGCGAUGUGCUCGUGUUCGUGCGAGAAGCGAUUCAAAAGUUUUCCCAUCUGCAACCGCUGGUGAUCGAGAAGCUGCUGGAAGCGUUCCCGGCGAUCAAGUCGUCCAAAAUCCACCGAACCACACUGUGGAUUCUGGGCGAAUACGCCAACUCGGUGCAGGACAUUAUGGAGGUGAUUGGAAUCGUGAACCGUACGCUCGGUGAGGUACCGAUCGUCGAGGCGGAACAGGCCCGCCUGGCCGGUGCCGAGGGCAGUAACGGCGAAGAACAAAACCCGCCCGAAACGGUAAACAGCACGAACAGGGUCACUUCCGAUGGGACGUACGCCACGCAGAGCGCCUUCAGCAUUGCGCUGGUUACUAGAAAGGUCGAACGACCUCCGCUGCGCCAGUAUCUGAUGGAUGGUGACUUCUUCGUUGGAGCCACCCUAGCGUCGACGCUGACCAAGCUGGCGCUCAAGUUUCUCAAGCUGGAGCCGAACGAGAAGAAGCAGAACCGUGUCUGCACGUGCGCGAUGCUGGUGAUGAGCUCGAUUCUGCAUCUCGGCAAGUCCGGUUUGCCCGCCAAGGCAAUCACGAACGACGACAUCGAUCGUGUGUACCUGUGCUUGAAGACGCUGUCGCUGCGUACGCCCGAGAUCGUCGAAAUCUUUACCGAGAGCUGCCGGCAGGCCCUGGCCGGUAUGCUGACGGCGCAGAACGACGAAAAGCUGCAGGCUCAAAAGGACAAACAGCAGAAGAAUGCCGCCAAGAUUCAGCCGGAUGAUCCGAUCGCGUUCACGCAGCUAGCGAACGGCAAAACCGAUCAGCUGGGUGAAAAUGUGUUCGAGUUGAGCCUCAACCAGGCACUGGCUGGCACGAAAGCUACCGGGGCGAUGUCGGAUGUCACUUCACCGAACAGCAAACUGAACAAGGUCAACCAGCUGACCGGCUUCUCCGAUCCGGUGUAUGCCGAAGCGUACGUACACGUCAACCAGUACGAUAUCGUGCUGGACGUGCUGAUCGUGAACCAGACGAGCGAUACGCUGCAAAACUGCACCCUCGAGCUUGCCACGGUCGGCGAUCUGAAGCUGGUCGAGAAGCCACACCCGGUCGUGCUGGCGCCACACGAUUUCUGCAACAUUAAAGCGAACGUCAAGGUGUCGUCCACGGAAAAUGGCAUCAUUUUUGGCAACAUUGUUUACGACACGACGUUCUCGUCCAAUGUGGUCGUACUCAACACCAUUCAGAUCGACAUCAUGGACUACAUCUUGCCAGCCACCUGUACCGAUACGGAGUUUCGCUCGAUGUGGGUUGAGUUCGAGUGGGAAAACAAGGUGUCAGUCAACACGACCCUCACCGAUCUGCAUGACUAUCUGCGGCUGCUGCUGAAAUCUACCAACAUGAAGUGUCUCACACCGGAGAAGGCACUGUCCGGUCAGUGCGGUUUUAUGGCCGCGAACAUGUACGCCAGGUCAAUUUUCGGCGAGGAUGCGUUGGCGAAUUUGAGCAUCGAAAAAUCGCUGGAUCGACCGGAUGCUCCAGUAACCGGUCACAUAAGAAUUCGCGCCAAAAGCCAGGGCAUGGCACUGAGCUUGGGCGACAAAAUUAACCAUACGCAAAAGUGCUUGCAAGGAAAAUCGAUUGCCGCUUAACUCCCCGGUAGCGGCUGGGGACCCCAACCGUGCUACUGGAGUUUAGUAUUCGCGAGUCCCCUAAAUAUGUAGCGCGGACGGAUGGACCUAUAUAGGAGGGUUUCUUUUUUUUAAAUAACGGGAUUACCCGCACACUAAAACCGGUAGGAACGGGAACCGGUGCACGUGUGGUGUUGAGAAGCACGACACGCCAGGACGCCAGGCUUUUGGGGGGAAGAAAGCACCAUCUAUAUCUGCAACGGGGAACGGACAAAGUAUCGAGUCUCCAUUCCUAUUUUUUGUUUAAAUAACUAACAGUUAUCUACUCGCGGACCAUUGACAACCGAGAUGGUUCUUGCAUAAAUUCUAUCGUAUAAUAAAAGAAAAUCUGUUUAUUCAU